GACAAGGACAUAAUACGUAAAUAUCGUGCAUAGAUCACGUGAUGGGUCGUUCGGUGGAUGUUCAGAAAACAAGUGUGUCAAUUUAAAACAUUCUUUGUCCGUCAAUUUUUCCGUCAGAGAACCAUAUUUGAAGUAAUACGCUAAAAGUUGUUUGUUGGAAGUUGUUUUAAAGCGUGUCAAGUUUAUCAGGUGUCUCAAAGUAAGCGGCGGCCGUUUCACUGCGAAAGAUGAGAAUCGACAACUCUUUUCACGACAACUGACGCUUUAGAAGUGUUGCUUCACUAAGCAGCGGCAGAAUUACAAUCUGAUAUGUAGGCUUAUCGUGAUUGAGUAAAACGAAUGCUGGAUAGAUUCACACGUUGACAAUCUGUGGCCAGUACACAGUUAUUAACGGAAAGAAGAUCCCGAUUUAGAGACAUCGCCAUCCUGUUAGUUAAAGUGUCAUUGGUGGCAGUCGAACGACCGAUAUACAUGGGUUAAAAAAAAUAUGAACAAAAUCGAGCAUGAUGUUCAACUCUCGAAAAAAUUAUCAUACCUUCUUCGUCAUGGUGCUGUGAAAGAAGGCCUGCAAAUUUGCCCGGAAGGAUUUGUGGCUGUUAACGAUAUUCUUGACAAGGUGGGCUUCCACCGUUUCACAGUCGAAGAUGUGCAAAGAGUCGUCGCUGAAAAUUCAAAAAACCGAUUCACUCUCAAAAAAUUAAAUGAUACACUACUGAUUAAGGCUAACCAGGGACACUCAUUAAGCCAAGUGAACAAUUUGAACUUGAAAUUGGUAGAAAAUCCCGAGUAUGAGAUAAUUCAUGGAACAUACUUCAGUUGUUGGGGAAAAAUUAAAAACAAGGGAUUGUCUCGCAUGAAUAGAAAUCACAUACAUUUCUCGAAAGGGCUCAAUUUUACAGCAGGAUUGCGACGUAGCGCCCAGAUUUACAUUACUGUUGACUUUUCUAAAGCUUGGCAAGAUGGUUUAAAAUUUUAUGAAUCUGAGAAUGGUGUGAUACUUUGCCCAGGGAAUUUCAACGGAAUUUUAGAACGCAAAUAUUUCUUGAAAGUUUCGUCUUCAGAUGGUCGCAAGCUAUUUCUGUAA